UCUAAAUCUCUUGUCUGUUUUAGAUAUUGGAGAUAAUGAACGCUGUAAUGCCCACCGCCUACGUAAUCAACACGGGUUACUGGGUCUACUAUUCAUCAUCCAACCGAACCCCUCUAUGCGUCUGUCGGCGUUUCGGACUGCAUUGUACCCACAAAUCGAAUGCGACUCACUGGCUUAACCUCGAGACCAGUCCAGAGAUUCGACUGACACCUCUUUCGGCAAACGUAACCGGAAAAUAUAUCCCGGUGGAUUUUAACGUUAAGGUAGUGCCGGUUGCUAGUGACAUCUUGAGGUCUUACGAUGUCUCGCUUCGAAUGAUGGUGGAAGAGUUCCAAAAGCAAAAUGUGCCCGGCGCUCUUCAAGUACCGAACCGCUAUCUUAUUAACGCCGAGCUAAGAUACCUCUUUUCGCCAGAAUUCUAUCCACACGACGGUAGACCGGUGAACUUCUCACCUCAUCCUCUCGCGCACAUAUUCUACGGAAAGUACUUGCCAACGUUGAGCACUUACCGUGAUACGAUCGAUUCGCAAUUCCAUACCCAUUUCAGGAACACUCUCGUGUUAAGCAUGCUUCCGUCGAUGUCCAUCGUACCCUACGGACCCACAACCGGCGUUGACAACUCGUACGCGCCAAGCCGACGCAGAAAUCCUUUCCGUCUUCACGUGUACAACGAAAUGCGUUUCUGGUUCGAAAAAGGCGGCGCAGACGAAAACGCACGCAAACGUAGCAAGGUUCCAAGAAAGGUCGCACAAGCCUACGCCGAAACCCAUCGUCGCUGUGCUCCCGUUCACGAGGAGAACGUUCAAUUCGAGCCCAAGCCGAGAACCAAGAAGGCCGAAAUAAGAAACACCGCUGUCCAAAACGAUUCGAAACUAUUUUUGGAAACGGGCUUCGGCGUCAACCCCUCGACCACCACCGCGGCCUCUAAUUCCACGUACGAUGAUUCGACACGAUUUUUCAGGGAUGGCGGUCUCAAUGCCGAGGAGGUCGAAAAAUAUUUCAAUCAAACAGAACAAAAUGCCUCGAACACUGAGCACGCCUUCUCAGGAUUUGAUUACAGUUUCAGCGAUGUUAUCAACAAUUUGCUUGCAAAUUCCUUUUAACAAAUACGUUAUUUUACAAUACGUCUUUUUUUGCUUCAUAGGUCAACUAGUUUCCAGAAAAUUUACACAUACUCGAACGUGUCAAAUUUGUAUUGAAGAGGGAUGAAUCUGAUCCAAUUAAGUUGCCAGCGCCUUCAAAAGCUCCCGUCAGAUCUAAAUUCGAUUUGGUAUCCUUCAUUGUAAAAAGGCGUGUAUGCACUGGGUAUCGAAGGCUACUAUUUCCACCUUUUCGAUUUGAAGCUAUGCUAGACUUCCAGUUUCUCUUGAAUCCAAGCCGCGAGGGAAAUCACGCCCUUUGUGUGCCAUUGAAAUUAAAUUUGAGCCACUUUCAACGCAAAUUUGACAUGUCUUUGUUAAUUUUCCGGAAAAUAAUGUAGCAGGGGUGUAGAUUUUAGUUGGGGCAUCUUGUAGUUAGUUAAUUAUUAUAUAGCUUUGUAUUGUUUCAUUAGUUAUUCGCAUUUUAUGAUUUUUUAAGAAUCAUAUCUUAAUUAAAGAAAAUGGGGUAAAUAAAGUCCGUGGGACUUCAAAUUAAAAACAAUUCUUGAGAAUUGUGAACGGUUGCUCAUCGCAACUGGGGAUUUAUAAUAUCUAAAUACACAAUAAGGGUAAUUCAUAUCAAUAUCGCAUGUAGAAAGUAGAAGGGAAUUAGUUGUAGAGCUUAAAAUGUUAUUUGAAAAAUAAAUAAAACAUAAUCCUCACGCUUCAAA